AUGGCCCUUGAAUAUUUGGCGUGGGAAUUAGGAUUAGUGGUUGAAAGAGUGCGUCGACUAGAACGGCGUGUGGCAAGAAGGCGGCUGAGAGAUGUUCAAAACCCUUUUCACAUCCCACGAGAUGAAUUCAUCGACUAUUUUCGCCUUACUCCUGAACUGGUAAUCGACAUUGCAACUGCAUUAAGGGUUGAUUUACAGAAUGAACGACUUACUGGCUUAGUGCCAGAAAUAAAGGUGUUGAUAGCCAUACAAUUUUAUGCGCAAGGCAGCUAUCAAAGAAGCAUUGGCAAUCAAUUCCAAUGAAUUGUUAGCCAAUCAACAACAAGCCGUUGCCUCCAUGCCGUAACUGAAGCGAUUAAUCGGCGCUUGCUGCGUAGAUGGGUAAAAUUCCCGAUGACCGAAGAAGAUCGACAGCAAGCGCGUGCAAAAUUCUCCGCUGCUAUUUACCCAUUCGAAGGUGCUAUCGCUGCUAUAGACUGUACUUUUAUUCAUAUUAUAGUCCCUCAUGAAAAUGAAGAGGCGUUCAUUAAUCAUCACGGUCACCAUUCUUUGAACGUGCAAGCGAUUGUUGAUCCAGAUAUGAAGCUACUUAACAUCAAUCCACGAUAUCCAGGUGCACGAAACGACUCAUACAUCUGGAGUACAUCACCAAUUCGUCGAGCAAUGGAAUUUCAUUAUAAUCGAGGAGAACGGAAAACUUGGCUGAUCGGCGAUGCUGGAUACCCUUUGGAACCGUGGCUCAUGACACCAUUGGUCGAUUUUCUUGAAAAUACCCGGCAAUUUCAUUAUACGCAACAGCUCUGUAAGGCAUGAAACAUUGUUGAACGUUUUUUUGGUGUCUUCAAAUCUGUAUGGAGAUGUCUUUCCUAUCAGCGUGUGCUGAUGUAUAGGCCAGCAUUUGCUGCAAAAAUAGUUAAUGCAUGUGCAGUACUGCAUAA